AUGUCUUCACAACAAUCAUCACGGGGCAGCGCCUACUCAUCCACCACCUCCUCGCCCUACCAACACGCCUACUACUAUGACGUCCCAGCCCAGGCCACCUGGAUGAAGGUCAUCCCUAUCGAGGACGACGAGCUCACCUUCGGCGGCAAGCCCCUGUCAGACUGGCACGAGGAGGACCUGCGCCGCUACAGCAGCUCCAGCUUUGACUCACACGACGAGCAUCGCGGCCGCACGCGCCAGCGCGCCUACUAUGAGCCUACUUCGGCGCCCUCCUCUGGCGCCACAACGAGCAGUGGUCAUGGACACCACCACAAGCACGGGCACAAGCACCACCACAAGAAGAGUGACAAGAAGAAAUGA